AUGGAAGUGAGUUCUAUUCUUCGAAUUUCGGCCACUUUCAUAACACUUUUUGUGAGUUUCAAUGCUUAAUUAAUUAUAGACCAAAGUCUUUUUUUGAAUAAUUCUCCAACUUCAUAGAACUAUGUUUUUGUCCAAAUUUUUUUCGAGAAAAUUUGAAAAACUUUUAAAAGCUUACUUCUUGGCUUAUCUAGCAUAAGUUAUCCUUGGUUUUUUUUUUGAUGAUUUUCAAAUUUUUUCAAAGUUAUUUUGUGAGCAUAAGAUAGAACUUUCAGUGGAGUUGCUUCGGUCUGGUGGUCAACAUCUACGUCUUCACAUCUUUGGUUCGACGGAUUCAUCUGAAUUCUAGCUUCCACACGUUUUGCCUCUCGAAAUCAAUAAGCAACUCGGCAGUUUGUCUGAUCUUCUUGAUUUGGACCGUUCCAUGCUCAGCCACGUUAUCUUUCUUUCCAUUCUUUCCAUGACAUCGUCUUUCAGAAACUCUUAUUAUCUUCCGCACUUUGGCAACGUGCUAUUCGGACAGCUUGCUGGCUGGGGGUGCUACAUAAUUGGUUUGUCAGAAAGGAAAAGCACUCCUAUCAUUUAUUCUAUUACAGGGCCGCUCACUCAGCUUUGUAUGGCUGCCAACCGUUUAUUCGUCACUAUGUUUCCGCUAAGAUCAAUGUCCAAGAAAAAAAUAGAUCCAACAAAGGUUCCUCCCACCAUUUUUUAUUGAAAGAUCCUCAACAUAUGAAACAAUAAACAGGGUCAAAAAACAGAUGAAUAAAAACGUUAAUUGUGUAAUUAAAAACGAUUCUAUUGUUUUGAUUCUCUUUAUUCAAGUUUUUAAUCGAAAAAAAACGUCACCUUCUAUCAAAAAAAAAACCCAAGAACGCAUUAAACUCGCGAUAAAUAUAUAAAUGGCAGUUUUCUAUUAGAUUUGCGCUCUUUUUUCCCUAUAACUUAACAAGGAAGUGAGAAAAGUAGAAAUGAGAAGGUCAAAACUAAAAAGUUUCAACCAUCUAACGUGGACAGCUUACAAGCUGUUUUGUUCACAGAAAAAUUUUCUUUCAUGAAUCCCAAUUCCAGGGUUGCCUCGCUGUUUGUUGGACGAUAGGGGUAGUCUUCACAGCCAUAGGACUUCCUAGUUUGUUAGAGUUCUCUUUUCAAAAAAACAGUCGUUCCAGUAGAAGGUUGCGCGUACAUUUACGAUGCCGAGAUCAUCGCCUGGAGACCAGAAAACACAGAUUGUGCCCUUUUUCUGGCCGAUUUCAUACUUUAUACUGUUAUGUUUAUUGCUGUUCUAUCGAACAGUUGUAACUUCACGACGUUUCUGAAAAUAGCCCAUGAAGUGGUAAACUUUGACUUUUCUUUUCGAAAGCAUAAAUCUUUUCCAGGCGCUCGGCCUCGGUGCAAAUGAAAACGCAAUACGGAGAAAAAAGCGGUUGAGAAUGUUUGCACAGGUAUCUUUUUUCAACAUUAUCAAAUAAUGACUAGUUCCGAUAAUACAGAUAAGAAAAAAGAAAACAAAUUACAGCGUUUUCAAAAAUGUCUAGCGUGUCUAUUUUCAGUGUAGAUAUGGAUCCCUGUCCAUCUAUUAAUUAUAAAAAAAGGAAAUUUAUCGAAAAUGAACGAAAUCGAUCGAUAUUUCGGUAUUUAGAAAAAUGAGUUCAUUUUUCGAAGACCAAUACUUUUGGUCCAAAAGGUUUGAAAAACUGCAAAGUUAUUCGGAGGAAAAAAAAGUUUAUGGCUCGCCUUGUUGGAGUUUCCUUUGAAAGGCCUCGGUAUCAAAGAAGCUCUAUAAAAUGAAAAGCAUGAGUCGAUGUGGAAACAGAGGCUACGAGGAAGAAAAGAAAACUUCGUGUUCAGAGUGUGGUCCAAGACUGCGUCCAUCUGAUAGACAUGCUCAACUGCUCCAUAAUUUACAAACUGAACAACGCUGCUUGGUUUCAAUUUGUAUGCUUAUCUCUCUCUUUUCUUUUCAUACACGCCAUCGACGGGUAACGUUCCUAUUAACUAGAUCAAGUACCAAAGUUUUCAGGUUCAUUAUGUUGCUAUUCAACUACGAGAUUCAGCCGUCCUGGCUUCGGAAAAAUCGCGACAAAGUCGUUCUAGUUAACCAGAGAUCUACUGCUAUCUCCACACAAUAA